AUGGCACGACGCUCCUGUCUGGACGUUUCUGCCAGGCCUGUACUCGGGACUCAAGCUACCAUACUGGAAUCUACGACAACUUACACUCUACAUCCAAGUACCAAGCUGGCAGUACCAUUCAAUUUGAAGCGAUGUUUGAAAGUAAUGCCUGAAGUGAAGUUUGAAGUGAAGUUUGAAGUGAAUCCUAACGUAAAAUUUGAAGUAAAGCCUGAAGUAAAUUUUGAAGUGAAUCUUGAAGUAAAUUUUGAAGUGAAUCCUGAAGUGAAGUUUGCAGUGAAUCCUGAAGUGAAUCCCGAAGUGAAUCCUGAAGCAAAUCCUGAAGUGAAGUUCGCAGUGAAGCCUGAAGAAAAUCCUGAAGCAAAUCCUGAAGCAAAUCCUGAAGCAAAUCCUGAAGUGAAGUUCGCAGUGAAGCCUGAAGCAAAUCCUGAAGCAAAUCCUGAAGCAAAUCCUGAAGUGAAGUUCGCAGUGAAGCCUGAAGAAAAUCCCGAAGUGAAUCCUGAAGCAAAUCCUGAAGCAAAUCCUGAAGUGAAGUUCGCAGUGAAGCCUGAGGGCCGAGGCUGCAGGGAUCCGGCGCAGGGUCUGCCAUGA